AUGAUGUUGCUGUUACGAAAGAAUGAAAUCACGUUUCAUAACGUCUCUGUGCGAGCAUUGACGCCAUGCCGAGUUGUGCGGUACAGCUUCAGCAGUUUUCGUGAAUCGUUUGAGAAGAAUCCAGAGCUCUGGAUUCGGCCAAUUCAAAUUAUUUUAACGCGAUUGUUGCAUCGACCGGAAGACAGACGAAGCGUCGAUGAACGAUAUCGACAUCCAUCUGGAACGGCCGGCUCGACUCGACUGCAUAACAAAUUGCGGCAACGUGUUCGUCGCUUGAGUAGCGCUGAUGGCAAAAAUGCUGCUGACUUUUCAGAUGUGAAUGAUUGCUUGGCAACGGCGCAUCGUUGGUUUGCUGAGGUACUGCAAUUGGGCACUUCGUCAGAGGCGAUAGCGCUUUUUGAAAAUCGUUUAUUGAUCGAGAAUGUUCCCGAAAAGCACCUAAUUGUUGAGCAAAAUGCGGAGGAAGAACAGCUGAUUAUGAUUCUCAGUGGCGUGCUAGAAAUUUCGCAGGAGCCAAUAGACGGUGAAGAUGAAGCCGUUGAUGAUGAGCACGUAUUUUUAUAUCCUCGCGAACUUGUUGGUGGACUGCAAUUGCUU